AGAAAUGAUGAAGCGCUGAAAGUUGCGGCUCUUUCUGGGGCAAAUGUCGGGAGGCUUUAGUGCGGAGUCACGGAUUAUAUAAAAUAUAACUGCGUUUCCUCCGAGAGUUCACACCAGCGACUUCCCCGACUUCUCCCGCAAAUGUCCGAGCGUGCGGAGCCCGCGGGGCCGGAGGGGCCGGCGGGAGUCAAGUACUACCGGCUGGACGAGAUCUCCCAGCAGAACUCCUUCAAGUCCACCUGGAUCAUCAUCCACAACAAGGUCUACGACGUGACCCGCUUCCUGGAGGAGCACCCCGGGGGGGAGGAGGUUCUGCGGGAGCAGGCCGGAGGAAACGCCACAGAGAGUUUUGAGGACGUUGGACAUUCCAGUGACGCCCGGGAGAUGGCUGGAGAGAUGGUGAUCGGAGAGCUGCACCCGGACGACCGACACAAGAUCUGCAAACCUGAGGAAACGCUGGUGACGACGUUGAAGGAGGAAACCAGCUGGUGGUCCAACCUGGUUCUCCCGGCUCUGGCCGCCGCCGUCGUCACGCUGCUGUACCGCAUCUACACCGGGAGCGAGUGACGUGCCGGGGGUCGCUGUGAUGUCAUCAGCAGGCCCCGCCUCCUCCGGGGAUGCUGUGAUGUCAUCAGCAGGCCCCGCCCCCUCCGGGGACGCUGUGAUGUCAUCAGCAGGCCCCGCCCCCUCCAGGCCAGCUGUGAUGUCAUCAGCAGGCCCCGCCCCCUCCGGGGACGCUGUGAUGUCAUCAGCAGGCCCCGCCCCCUCCAGGCCAGCUGUGAUGUCAUCAGCAGGCCCCGCCCCCUCCGGGCCAGCUGUGAUGUCAUCAGCAGCCCCC